AUGGAUACCAAAGGCAGCCAAAAUCCUUCCCCUGCUAAUCUGAACACUAUUCCUUUGACUGAAGAAGCAGUUGUAUACAUUGCCAUUAAGGGCUCCCUACAUGCAUCUGACUGCUCCGUCUUUGGAUUAGGCGAUGAAGAAAUAAGAGCACUGACAAAAAAAUACCCCGGAUCUGGAGUUGUCGUAAAUGGAGUUGCCAUUAAAACUAAUGUGCUACAUGCUGUAAACUCAUUGUCCCAGCUUGGCUAUAAAAUAAUCUCAAGCACUGGAGAAAAUGAGAUCACCUGGACUCUUCAGCGUGAGCUAUAA